CAGCCGCCACGAGUCUGCCCAGCAGCCGAAGGCCGGUUAUUUGGCACCACGCUUCGUUGUCAGCAACUACUGUACCGUCCAAGGCGGGUGCUGGCGAUGGCAUCGACGGACGGCCACGGGCACCAGACAGCAACGGCCAGCCGCAGAGCGGCUAUCAACAGAGCGGCCAUGAACAGAGCAGCCGCAAGAACUCCGCUUGUAUCGCGAUGUGUCUUCCGGCCUGCAGCCGCGUUCGAAGCUACACAAAACGCAUCCAAAGACGGAGGGGAUGGCUACAAAGUUUUUGCUCCUCAUCGCUUUGGCGACCAUAUCGGCAGUGGCAAUGGCGACGGCCACGCGCGGCGACUGUGAGGAGGGAUACGACUGCCCUGCCGACGGUAGGUAAUGGUUGGCUCUGAGAGGGAGGUAGAUCUACGGCACACCCAUCACUCCUGGCUCAUAUGUGGCUGUCCUACCUGCUGCUGUGUGCAGGUGGGUCGUUUGUGGACCGCACAGGCGAGAUCUCCGGCAUGGCUGCGGGCAACACAGGUGCGGCCGGGAUGCAAUGGAUGGGCGGAUGCGAUGGAUGGGUGGAUCUGUGGUGCAUACCCGCGUGUGUGUGUGGUGCUGUGCUGUGUGUGCAGGUGCGUUGUCGGAGGCCUCCGGGUGGCAUUUGUGCAGCAGCAGGUGCAGCAGGCCAAGACCAUGAUCGUGGCGGCCAACAAGAUGAGCCAGGCGGCCCACAAGAUGGCCACGAGCGCCCUCGACGCCAUCCAUACCGCCGAGCAGCAGAUGCAGCCAUUCUUGGGUGAAACGAUAGGUGAAACACUAGGUGAUAAGCAAUGCGCGGGGGCGGGCAAUACACAUACAGAUACACACAUGUGUCUGUCUGUAUGUCUGUCGUGCGCGGUGUGGGUAAGGUGGUCCUUGUAGCCAGUUUAACCACACGUGUGAUGUCCUGAAAGACGGAACGAGGUGCGGCUCAUACAUUCGGCUCGAGCCCCGCGGGCGCAACACUCAUGUCAAGUGCUACUGCAAGAACGCGAGUGCCAGGUACGCACGCCACACACUCUAACACACACAUUACAUUCACAACGCACCCGUCGUCUCUGACUCUCUGCACGACAUUGAUUGGCUGCGUGUUGCCUGCUGUCUUUUUGUGGUGGUUAGGGAUGACCGUUGAGAAACACUUCCAAGCCAGCGGUGGACCGAUAGCGCACCCACACCGGCUGUAACUGGCUGGCUGGCAUGGAUAUGGACGAUUGAUAUGUCGGGCCGUCACAUAGCCAUGCAGUGUGUGGGUGGUGUGUGUGGAAUGUGUGCUGCUGCUGCUGCUGUGGUGUGUGGUUUGUGUGGCUCCAUGGCCAUGGUUGAUGCAAUGGACCCAUUGCAUCCAACCACGCAACGUGAUUGCGGACGUGGCGUAUGUGCUCUGGUGCAGUACGUACCAUGGACGACGGACAUGGAUAGACACACACAGACCAUAAAUACCGCACACGCCAGGUGUUUCAGUCAGCAGGCCGUCACUGUUACACUCAUCUGCAACAAAAGGAAGCCCUCUCGUGUGUGUGCGUGUCCAUCUCACUCACCGACACACACG